UGAUAUCUUUUUUUGAAAGAACAAAUCCUCUUAGAUCUCUUACUUCAUCUCUUCUUUAAAAAGAAGUCAACACAAAACCAUGGGAGUUUGUUUCCUCAGUGUUACUCUUGCUAAGAAAAUUCUAAGCCGAUCUACUUUGACGGCACCUAGAAUGGUUUCAACAUCCUCGGAUGUACCAAGGGGCUUCUUUGCAGUUUAUGUUGGAGAGAACCAGAAGCGGCGAUUUGUGGUUCCUGUGUCCUAUUUGAACCAGCCUUUAUUUCAAGAUUUGCUAAGAAAAGCUGAAGAAGAAUUUGGGUUUAAUCAUCCAAUUGGUGGUCUGACGAUUCCAUGCAGAGUAGACGCUUUCAUUGAUGUCACUUCUCGCCUAGGUAGUUGAAGGCAAUUAAACUACCACUCAAGACAAUUUUGUAUUCAUAGCAUUCUGAUACAUUGUAAAUCACUUAUUUCUUUUUAGGUUUGGAAGAAAAAUGAGAGAAAGAUACUCUUUCAUCGAGAGACUUUGAAUAGAAUCUAAUGCGUUUAUCUUGCAUAACCAAUCUCUAUUGUUUGUGUUUCGUAAAGGAAAUCAAGGCUUACUUUCCAAGCAUGAUCAGGCCUCGAGAGAGGCUAACACAAUGUCUAAAUACCAAGAAAACCCCAAGUCCCGAAUUUACGAUUUUCAUUUCUUUGCCCACAUUUUCUUAGCUGCUAAACGUCCCCUAAAUUCCCCUGAAAUCAAAUAGCUUCCAAAAGGAAGGGGCAUUGGGGUUGUUUUCCCCUGUAUUCAGGCUAUUUGUACUGCUGAACAA